AUUCAAUAAUUCGUAUGAUACUUUCAAUCAGGCAUGUUUUGGGCCAUCCUCGUCUGGGGUCCUCAGAGUACAGAUUGCAGCGGUGCAUCCUGGGCCCUUCCUUUCCAUCCCAGACUCGCUUCUGCAAUCAUGGGAAAGUGUCGUGGUCUGCGUACAGCCAGGAAGCUCCGUAACCACCGCCGUGAACAGAAAUGGCACGAUAAACAGUACAAAAAGGCUCAUUUGGGCACUGCCCUGAAGGCUAACCCCUUCGGAGGAGCCUCUCACGCUAAAGGAAUUGUCCUUGAGAAAGUAGGUGUGGAGGCUAAGCAGCCAAAUUCUGCCAUCAGAAAGUGUGUGAGAGUUCAGCUCAUUAAAAACGGCAAGAAGAUCACUGCCUUCGUCCCCAAUGACGGUUGCCUUAACUUCAUCGAGGAAAACGAUGAGGUUCUGGUGGCAGGUUUUGGACGUAAAGGACACGCCGUUGGUGACAUUCCUGGUGUUCGCUUCAAGGUGGUGAAGGUGGCCAAUGUGUCCCUGCUGGCUCUCUACAAAGGCAAGAAGGAGAGACCCAGAUCAUAAACAGUCGAUGCAAAAUCAAAUAAACACAUUUUCAAUUACA